AUGGGGUCUUCUCCGGGAGAAAGAUACGUAGCCACUUGGAGUAGAGAAGAUGGAGUACUUGCAAUGUGGCCAGUUCUUCACGAUUCAACUAAAUUAUCUCGCAUAUUUUCGGCCAAAACACCUUUUAAUAAGACAACCGUUGGAAAUACCGAGAAAAUAUAUGUUUCUGUAUCCGAAUAUGGCGAUUAUGUCUCCAUAGCAAAAGUAACAAUAAUUGAACAUACCACCGAAACUGUGAACAUGGACUCUGCUAAUUCGAGCAGUGCUAAAGCAGAAAAACCAGAGGCAUCUUAUGUUAUCUAUUCAACUAAUAUUAAUGAACAUCAUCGGCAUGAUCACACUUCACGGUUAAGUCUUCUUGAUCUUUCGGGUCCAUUAAUUUUUUGUCAUGAUUCUCGUAUGGUGGGCUUCACUGAUGAUUUCAUGUACCUAUUCUCUACAAGAACCUGGAAGGUUGUAAAUAACGUAUGCAUUUCUCAGCUCGUCCAAAUUGCUCCUCGUUAUUCGCCUGAUAGCAACGUAUUUAUUACGGAGAUCUAUGAUAUUCUUAUUCACAGUUUAAGAAACGAUUGUUUGGUUUGGCCGGAGGGUAAAUCUGGUCUUAGUGUUUGGGAUCCUGAGGGAACGUUAAAGCAAUGGUUUUAUGUUGAAUAUGAAAAUUUACUAUCAUCGCGUAAUUUAUAUGCUAUAUCUCAGAAUGGAAGAAUUGUUGCGAGGUUUUACGAAGAAUCAGAUCCAGAGAAUGAAACAUCAAACACAAGCAUUUUAACCAUAUACCAUGUUCCGACUGCGUUAACAGUUUGCGAGAUUGAGGUUCCUAGUUCAACUUUUCAUAUUUCCUUUUUAGCACAGAGAGAACAGAUAAUUGUAUGUUCGAACGCUGAAGGUUCGCUUCGCACUCAGAUCUGGGAUUGUUGGGGCGGAUUGUUAGUUUAUGAAGAAGAUUGUGCCCGAUUUAACGCAGACAAUCCAUUUUUGAUCUUUGAUGAAUUUUUUGUUCAAGCGGUUGAUAAGGAAUUUCGAUUGUGCCCUCUUUUUUCAGCAGCUCCGACAAAUUUGGAACCAUUAAAGAGGUUCGAUGAGUGGAAGGCAACUGGAAAAGAAUUAAAACUCUCUACUGCCAUCGAACAACAUUUAACUCGGUCGCUCUGUUGGGGUUACAUCCACGAUGAGGAAAAUAUUUUGGUCAGUAAAUUCUUGAUUGAACCGUGGCAUUCCUUUAAUGCAUCCAAGGAAUUAUUGUUUGCAAAAUGGCUCGAUAAUCAUGGAAACAGAUUUUUCUUAGUUGGGAAAGAUAGCGUACAAGUUUAUAAGACAUUACCUAAGGAAAAUCAAAAAUUCAUCAAGAUUGAAUUACAGUACAUAUGGAUGGUUCCGUUGACGCAAGAUGGUACUAUUCAAGAUGUUUCAUUAGAAGCUCGUGAAGACGAGGACUAUAUCGAAUUCGAGAGUGAAGAAAGGAUUAUAAAUUAUAAUCUUCACAUUCAAUUAACGAAUAAUUUCACGGAAAUAAUCCCAAUACCUAAAGUGAACGAAAUGGCUAGUUAUAGGAUAAUAUCGGACGCGUGCGCGGCAAUCCAUUAUAUUCGCCUGCGAUUCCCCGAGGAAAGUGGUUACUUUAGUCGCCUGGCGAUUAGAGAACAAUUAAGAAUUUUACUCAUCUCGUCUGUCCAGUCCUACCCAUCUAUGUUUAACAAAAUCUCAAUUGGCGAAGGCGAAUAUAUUUAUCCCAUGGAAGAUUUUAUCGUUCUCGGGUGGGAUGAAUUAGUAAAAAAAAUUUUGGAAUAUAAUCGGUAUAUUCCAUUAUUUCAUAACGAUGAACAAACGGAAAGUGCAUUAUCUUUAUUAGUAGAUCUUCAAAAAUCAGAGCUUGUACAACUUUUAGUACAGUAUAUCGUCCGUCACCUCCGAGAAAGAUAUAAUUAUAAUGAAAAAAUAAUUGCGCGAAAAGGAAAGAAUCGUACCGGUCGGGUUCAACAACCUGGAUACGCGUGGACAGUAGGAAAGAUAUUAUUAGAUUUGAAUAAAUAUUAUCCGGAUAAAGGGAUGUUCAUAAUGAAGGAAUCUAGUUAUUUUACGACCUCCCUGGAGACACCCACAAGAAUCCUAAAUACUAAGUUGGGAAACCCGUAUCAAACUGAAGAAAGAAGUGAACAUGAUGAAUUAGCUGCAAUUACUCGUAUGGCAAAAUUACCGAAAGUCAGGCAAGCACCCGCAGAGAGUCCAAAGAAAUACAAAAAAAAAUGGUUUGGCCUCAUGGAAGAGGAGGUCGGUGUAAAAGAUGAAACGAUGGAUUUUUUCCCACAAGAUUAUAAUGGUGAAAAAAUAAAAAAGAUUGAUUGGAAGAAGGAAAUAUACGGCGAUCGAAGGCAGAAGCGUAAAGAAAGAUUAGGGAAUACUAAAAAAACUCAUCCUGCUAAGCUCUGUGUUGUUCCGUGGCCAGAUUUUUGUGUUUAUCCCCCGCCUAAAAGCAAUCAUGAAGCCAUAUGGGAUUUUCACGUGACUGCUUCAGAGAGGAGCCCAUUUGCUGAAGUUGCCCUAAAUGGUCCUUCAGAGAUGUUCAAUGAAAUUUCUAUGGAAGCUGUUAUUAAGUUUAAAUGGGAAAAAUUUGCAAAAAUUCGAUUUUUAUGGCAACUUUCUGCCUAUGCUGCUUAUGCUGUAAUUUUCUGUGUGUCGGUUAGCACUAAAAGUGUUUUAAUCCCUGACUCUGGACGAAAUAUAUGGGCGAAUAUUGUGUUCAGCAUCACAUCCUUUAUAUCGAUUUUGUUUUUGCUUCAAGAAUUUCGGCAGAUGAGUGGUCGCCAGAUAAGUUAUUGGUAUAGCGUAUUCAACUGGGUUGAUAUGGCGUCUUAUCUAUUGCCAUUGGCGACGGGAAUAAUGGUUCUCUGUAAUGUGGAGCCUCCACAUUGGUUGAAAUGUUUUUCGGUUUUAAUGGUUUGGUUCAACAUG